CGUUGGAUUGAAUUCAACAAAUGAAUCUUCUAGACCUCUCAUGACUUCCCUCCCUUUUUUCUACGCAUGAUAAUUAAUCAACAACGAUCAUCAAUUCAUCAAACAGAAAUCCAGAAACAAAAUGGCCUCUUCAUUGAUGCGAUGGAUGCUAAACCCUAACAAGAAUUGGCUCGCUGCUCAACACAAGAAAGCACUCUCCGCUCGCCUCCGUAAAUACGGUCUUCGAUAUGAUGAUCUAUAUGAUCCUAUGUAUGAUUUGGAUAUAAACGAAGCCUUAAAUAGGCUACCUCGAGAGAUCGUUGAUGCUCGUAAUCAGAGACUGAAGCGUGCUAUGGAUCUUUCAUUGAAGCACACGUAUCUACCUGAAGAUCUUCAGGCAAAACAAACACCAUUCAGAAGCUAUCUUCAAGAGAUGUUGGCUCUUGUAAAAAGAGAAAGAGCAGAACGCGAAGCUUUAGGAGCAUUGCCGUUAUACCAACGAACAAUUCCUUGAGCCAAGAAAAAAAAAUUAAAUCCAUAUUAUAUUAAGAGUAUGAGAUGCCAAAUUGUGUUUAUUAGUGUGUUAUUUUGUGUAAACUUAAAUGUGAUGUAAAAAUCUGAUAUCUAAUGGUGUUAUAAAUAUUAAAUCUUUAUUUAUACAAUAAUAUAUUUUUUUA